CUUGAGGUCUGAUCCCCCUUUUCUUUUUUCUUCUUCUUCUUCUAUCAUCAAGUGAGGCCUCUGGGUUCCUGUAAGCACAGAGGAAGAGUGAGGAAGCAAUGGCAUCGACCUCAACCACCGUUUCCAUCUCCUCAUCGUCAACCCUCAUCGAUGGCAAAGCUCCUCGGCGAUCGGCAGCCGCAUCGCCGCAAUGUGUGAGCCUCCCAACACUCCCUACGCCUCCCCUGCCUGUGAACCAUCCCCAGUCGACUCGUGAUACCUGGAAGACUGCUGCCCAUUGCCGUAAGAUUGCCCGGAAUGUUAUCGCAAUGGCCACUGCAGAAACAUCCGCCGAAGUCGCCGCAGCUGAGCUGCCGGAGAUCUUGAACUCCAUUCGAGAAGCAUGGGACAAACUGGAAGACAAAUAUGCUGUGACUUCUCUUACAUUUGCUGGUGCUAUUGCGGUCUGGGGCUCCACUGGCAUGAUCUCGGCCAUCGAUAGGCUUCCGAUAGUUCCAGGUGUCCUGGAGCUCGUUGGAAUCGGUUACACCGGGUGGUUUGCAUAUCGGAACCUGAUCUUCAAACCCGACCGGGAAGCUUUGAUCAAGAAAAUAAAGGACACUUACAAAGACAUCAUUGGGAGUAGUUGAUGAUGAAACACAGAUGUCAUUGCCCUUGGAGACUAGCUGAGCUUUCUUUUGGCUCUG